AAUACGCCUCAACGCUUGCUCGUUCAUGGAUCUUCCAGAGCUGCCAAUCAUCUAAUCACUUUAAAUCAAACUCCGUUGUCAAUGAAUACAAAUCAUCAUACUUCUGAUGAAGACUACUACGAUGAUAAUGUUCCUACUCCAUCUCAUUCAACUGGUCGCACUUCUUAUGAUGAUUCCAAUGAUGAUAGUGAAGUAACCGCUAAAUCCUCCGACUCUAACUCAAAGGCCAAACCUACCGGAGAAUAUCCAUCCAAACGCCGCUUUUCGAUCUGGUCUUAUGUUAAAGGUCUUGUCAGUAAAUUCCAUUGGCCAUCUUUCAACUCGGAGCCUCCUGUUCCUACGGAUAAUGGCCCUUAUCAACCCUUUGCAGAUCGUGCUGUCUGCUUAAGCAGUUAUGGGAUUGUCGGAAGAGGCCUUGGUGAAGGUGUAUCCUCUCAUGUCUAUUUGCUUCGAAAGACACCUAAUCAUCAAUCCUUGGCUGUUAAAGUCUUUAGGAAAUGUAAAAAGAGGGUCAACAGAAUUCACUACAUGAAAGCUUUGGUCAAUGAGUUUGCUGUUACAUACACCCUGCAUCAUAAACAUGUUUUGCACACUAUCGAUUUCGUCAAGAUGGAUGAUAAUCAUAAUAAGUUUGGACUCAUCAUGGAAUAUUGCGAACAAGGUGACCUAAGUACUCUGAUCUGUAAGCGUGAACUCCAACCCGAAGAGAUAUAUGCCUACUUCAAGCAACUCAUGUCUGGUCUCAAAUAUCUUCAUGAUUCUGGCGUCGCACAUCGUGAUCUCAAGCCCGAGAACUUGUUGCUCCAAAACAGCAUUCUUAAAAUCGCCGACUUUGGUUCUUGUCAUGUCUUUAGGUCAGAAAGCGAAACGAAUGACCGCAAAUCGUCUGGUAUUGUUGGUACAACACCCUAUAUUGCUCCCGAAGUCUUUACAGAUCUUACCUACUGGGGUACCAUUGCUGAUGUAUGGUCUGCUGGUAUCGUCUUCUUUACUAUGCAUUACUCUGGUGUUCCCUUCAAUUCGGCAGAGAGGAAGGAUUCUGAAUACCGUCUGUAUCUUCGUGCUUUUGAAGAUAAGAGGUUUAUUGGUUUCAGCGAAAUGCCCAAGGAGCCUCAAAAGUUGUUAUAUUCUAUGCUUCACCCGGAUCCCGAACUUAGAAUAACCGUCUCCGAAAUCAUAAAUAGUCCAUGGAUGCAAGGGGUCAAUGCUUACUAUGUUAGGGAAUGUGAUCGCAGGUGGCGCCAAUAUUGAAUACAAAACAAAAAAAAGCUUCAUAAACCUGUAUAAUAUAUAAAAGCAACAUCAUACAACAUCAUAAGCCCCGUCUUUUUCUAUUGUC